CCCAAAUCCCAGUUCUAAAGACCUUUCUUCUCCAUCUGCUUGAAGAAGCAUUUCAACAGAGCCAAAGAUUUCCUUCCGCCAUGAGCUUUAAGCUAAUCCUACUCAUCCAUGAACUCAAGAAUAUACCAGUGGAGAAGCUGGGGGAUUGCGGCAAGAGCAGUUUGAUGGUGGAAAUAGAAUGGAGAGGAAGUGGAAGAAAAGUCGGUUUCCUGCGCCGGGGGUCGAAGAAGAACUGCACUUCCAAGCAGCACAUGAGACCGGACGGCACCGUGAUUUGGAACGAAGAAUUCAACUGCAUCUGCAAGCUUAAGAGGAUGAAUUCCCAUAGUUACAAGAGUUGGAUUGUCAAUCUACAAGUUCAAGAAUCUGAUAAUAACUCGAACGGUAAGUCUACGGUGUACGGAGAAACCAAGAUAGACAUUGCCGAGUACGCCUCUCCAAAUCACAAGAAAACAAUUAGCAUCCCAAUCAGAUGCAAGAUUAAGGACCAGACUGCGGAAAUUGUGCUGAAGGUUGAACUGCAUGUCGUGGAGCUCAACAUAAAAGGCAGCAUGGAUUUCGCGCGGCCACGAGCUCUUAGCUCGCGUGCCUUGUCGUGUGUGGGGUUGCGGCGAAACUAUGGUACUGAAUUCUCAAGCAAUCGAAUGAUACAUCCAUCGUUAGGGAAUUCUUCCUCAGAAGAUGAGCAUGAAUUUAGUUAUAGUGGAAUAGCCACUGCUAACAUCCUCCUCGGUGCUGAGUUGCCUGGAAAGCUCGAAGAUCACGAGGAGGAAGAACAAAAUCUGCAGACAUCAGUCAAACGACAACCUUCCCUUGUUAGGCUCCUGUCGAACAAGACGAGACUCAGCUUCAAAGCCACAAAGCACCCGAAAGGAGAGCCACUUCUGAACAAAUCAUGCAGUGAUGUUGGAGGUGACGAUAUCGAUCUCGAGCGGCACCAACAGUCGAGCACCGAGUCUGCGUUGCUGCAGCGUGAGGAGAAACCUCGAGAUCGAGGAUUCGAAGAUGAAGGAACUUUCGAGGUCGGCGUGUGGGAGAGAAGAAGAUUAAGCAGCAGAGACGAGGGGAUGGAGCUCGUCGCCGACGUCUUUCUUGCAUCCAUCGAUCAGCGUAGCCAGAAGGCCGCAGGUGAGAGUGCCUGUACGGUGCUCGCCGUCGUCAUCGCCGAUUGGCUGCAUCACAACCCGAAAGCUCUGCCACUGCGGUGUCAGUUCGACGAACUGAUACAUCAAGGAUCCCUGGAGUGGAGAAAGCUUUGUGCGGAUGAGGCCCACAAGGAGAAAUUCUCGGAUCAGCAUUUCGACCUCGACACGGUACUGGAAGCAAAAGUCCGGCCGCUGACAGAGAACAAGACGAUGUCCUACGUAGGAUUCUUCGGCCUCGACGACACGCCCGACAGCCUACACUUUCUGCAAGGGACGAUGUCGUUCGACAACAUUUGGGAUGAGCUCCUGCGUAGUUCACCGUCGGAAGAAAGGAUAUACAUUGCGAGCUGGAACGAUCACUUCUUCGUCCUCAGGAUCGAAGGCGAUGCCAUCUAUCUGGUCGACACCUUCGGGGAGAGACUCUUCGAGGGAUGCAAUCAAGCAUACAUUCUGAAGUUCGACAGGCAGAGUAUGAUCUAUAAGCGGAGCGUUGAAGCGGGAGACUCAGAUGAAUGCAGACAAGACGUUCGACAGGGUGGAGGGGCUUACACAGACGGAGAGGCCGUGUGUGAAGGUGUCAUCUGCUGCAAAGAAUACAUCAAGGGAUUUCUGGCGGCGCUUCCACUGCGAGAACUCCAACAGGACGUGAAUCGGGGGGUGAUGGAAGAAGCAGUUUUGCAUCGUCAUCUGCAAAUAGAAUUCCACUACGUAGCGCCUUUAAUUGAGGAAUAAUAAUAAGACACAGAAUCACACGUGAAAUUUUUGCACUUGCUUACUAAUUAAUUACCUGUAACCCUGAUCUCGGGUUCAGGAUCGGAUAAUUUAGGUUCAGUCCAAUU